AAACGUGUUAAAUGGUCCGACUGGUGUCCGAAGGUGUUUUUUCAUUUAGCCGAUGAGCUCACUAUAUAGUCCUCUACAUACUGAACUCUGGAUAGCGAGUCGAAGGUUGUGAAUGAGUGAGUGACGACCCAAGUUUCCAAGUUGUCUGUCCGUCCGUCCGUCUCGGAUAUCUCAGGAAAACAUCCACCUGGACUCGAGGAAUGUCUUCAGUUUGGCGGUGAAAAGCUCAAGAAUUCAUACGCAGUUUUUCAUGUGGAGAAACUUUUACACCGACACAUUUGUCUAAAUGUAAAUGAGAUUAUGUGAACACAUAAAGGUUGAAUUAAAAAUAAAUUAAUAAAACAUUUUUGUGAAACGAGCAUCAACACAUGUUUGUAAUUUGGGUGAACCGACCCUUUAAUGUUUACUCUAAUCAAUCACACACAAACACACACACACACAGCCAUCAGGUGAACGAGCUGCAGGUGUGUGAGCUAGUCACACACCUGAACUGUGUUUCUAUUAAAACCUUGAGAAGCUUCUGGAGGAAGUGAAUGUUUUAGUGUCUGAUGUUUGUGAAGGAGCUGCUGCUUCACAAACACACUUCCAGACUUAUGUAGAGACACACACACACACACACACACAUACAUACAUAUAUGUUUAUAUAUGUUUUAUUUUUAUCCGUCAUUAGAAAUCUAAAGCUGAGUUCUCUCUAGAGCUCCAGCAGCAAAUAUGUUUGCUUAAGUUGCUUCCAGUUCGUUUUAUGUUUUAUUCUCCGUAUAGUUUGUUUUUUAAAGUCCGGUUUAGUUAAACUCGAGCUCAGAGAGCCAUGAAGGAGGAGAUCGCCGCCGCCGUGUUCUUCGUGGCUCGGCUGGUGAAGAGAUACGGACGUCUGGACAACGACGGCCGGGAGCGCUUCGCCGCCUCGCUCACCUCGGUUCUGUUCGAGAGCUACAAGAACCACUGGCACCCGAACGCGCCCUCCAAGGGUCAGGCCUACAGGUGUCUCCGGGUGAACCGGGUGCAGCUGCAGGACCCGGUGCUGCAGCAGGCCUGCGAUGGGAGCCCGGUCCGGUACGAGGAUCUGGGCCUCCCCCGGGAGAUGACGGUGUGGGUCGACCCUGGAGAAGUGUCCUGCAGGUACGGUGAACGAAGCGCCCCGUUCUGCGUCUCGGUGGUGGACGGCUCCCGCCGUGCGGACGGUGAAUUUUCCCGCCGGAUCCACGAAGCCGUGGAGCGGGCGAGCCUCGACGUCCAAUCGGGAAGCUCCUCAGACGAUGACGACAAGGAGGAGGAAGUGGGCGGAGAGAACAGCAUGAGCAGCUCCAACCUGUCGGCCAUUUGUCCGGUUUCAGUUGCAACCGGCAACACUGAGCCCAAAACCAUCCCGACCGUCAGCAACCCCAACAGCGUCUACCGGUUCAGUGAGUUUUCUCCGGGCGCUCCUCAGACCUGGCUGAGGGACAAGAGGAAGGCCUUUGCUGCCGACGCGUUCCCGCCUCACCCUCCUCACCCUCCUCACCCUCCUCCUCCGGUCGGUGGUCCCACCUCCCAGUUCUCCAGCCAGAAAGGCUUAAAGUCCAAUCGAGCCACGUUCACCUUCGCCGGGCCUCGUGUGGACAAGUACCACUGGGUCAGCAAAGCCCGAUGAGAGCCGAGCCUCCGGAACCAAAAUCAGGUUUAUCAACGCGGCGUCGACCCCCGCUUGAGGGGGGGGAAAAAAUAUAAUGGACAGUUUAGGAAAAAGAGUUGACUGUUUGUAUUUGAUUUAAAGUGUUAAUGAUUUAAAGUAAUGCUGUUUAAGCAUGUUUUUAAACGUUGACGUAUUUUAAAUGAUUAUCUGUGUUUUGUUUUUAAACUUAAUAUUAAAGUGUGAAUAAAGUAACAUUGAACUGUCAUUGAAAAGAAAUAAAAGCGUCCGAGUCAGCUCUGCUGGUUGAUCUAAAA